AUCCUACUCCAGAAUUGGCUCAAGUCUGGGUGCCUCCGGGGGCGUCUACGGCACCACCUACACCUCCAGCGAACAGAACCCUUAUCCGUCUAUCGGCAUGGACUCCUCAGCCUUCUACAGUCCCUGAGCUCCGGGUAUGGCAUGAAGGACGGCAGUGCGGCUGACGUCUCUACCAUGUAUGGGAGUGGACUAGGUGCCUCUCCCGCCGGCUACUACCCCUACGACCCCACCUUCGCCGCCUACGGAUACGGUGCUGGGUAUGACCUCGCCGCCCGCAGAAAGAACGCCACCAGGGAGUCGACGGCGACCCUGAAGGCGUGGCUAAACGAGCACAAGAAGAACCCGUAUCCGACCAAGGGCGAGAAGAUCAUGCUGGCCAUCAUUACUAAGAUGACACUCACGCAGGUAUCCACGUGGUUUGCAAACGCACGUCGGCGACUGAAAAAGGAGAACAAAAUGACGUGGGAGCCCCGGAACAAAACAGACGACGACGAUGCCAAGCUUUCUGACGACGAGGAUGACGAGAAGGAGCCCGGUGACAAGGAGGACGAUGACAUCAAGAAAGAUGACAAGGACCCGGAUGCCACGAUGACGGAGACCAAAGUGGAGGAAGGCGAAGGCCAGACAGAGCUGAAGUCGUGUGAAGGCGGCGUUGUGGCUAACAGUAAAGCGGUGACUGCUGCCAUCUCUCCCGCUCCGACUCUCCAUCCUCCUCUCUCUCCCAACCCGGGCAUUCACUCGGGCAACCCCUUCACUGUGCCCAAGGGAGAGAAGGUGAGCCUCAUGAGUGACUGCGCCGUGUCUCUACCGUCUGCAAAACCCAAGAUCUGGUCGCUGGCAGAUACAGCAGCAUGCAAGACUCCUCCACCCACCGGAGGAGUCGGCGGCCCGCCUGGCAGUGGCUGGCUGGCGGGAGGCACAACCUUCCCCCUGCCGCCUACCAUCCCUCCAGCCCAGCAGCAGUAUCCGCACAGCACACGAUUCAACCACCUCAUGUCUGGCGUCAACCCCUCACAGUACAUGGGCGGAUACAGUGACGGAGUGGGCACCGACACGCCCCCACAGACACCGCCCAACGUGAAGGGCCAACAGGGCCAGCAGGGGCAGGGUGCAGGGCUACUGGGAUCAAGCAGCUUCCUAGGUGGAUCCUCCUCCGGCAGCUACGGCAGCAAUAUGGGCGGCCUUUCCUCCUGCUCUCGCGGCUCCACAGCGCCUCUGUCAGCUCAAGGGGUAGGCGGCGGCGCCUCUGUAGGAGCUGAGGCGGCCCUCCACCAGAGAUAUCAGGGCAAUGUCUCCCACGCCGCCACCCAUGGCACCAAUACAGCAACCUCGCUCUCCAACACCGCCUUCACGCCCGUCUACAAGAAUACCCAGCAGGGAGGCCAGCAGGUACCUCAACAAACGCCGCAAAUGGCGACUCAACAGCAGAUGCCGUGCCAGCAGGCGCAGCAGGUACAAGGGGGCCCCGUCACAGCAGGACCCUACGUGUCGUGAAGCCAGUGUAAUCAGCAGGCUGGUGAUGCUAGUGCCUGGGGCGGCACACUGGACAGCACACUCCUGCUGCUUGGUGAGACCUACGAUUGUCUCCAACAGCAGUAACAGGCGAGGGGAGAAGAGGCAAGAAAAAGCGCCAACAACUGUAACGGACAAAUGAUCUGCAGUGGCAAAGUCAAGCGCAGCAGCAACAAGAGAAGGAUGAGCGGGAGGGGCGAGCGGGGGAGUGACGGUGUGGCAGGAGUGGCCGGGUGGAGAUCCAUCAUGGUGAACCGUCUCGUUUGUGAGUCAAAUGAGACGUGUUGGUCAGCCGCGAGGGGUCCCGUGGGGCACAGAGGGGUCCUGGGCAGGGGGAGAGUGGCACCCCUCCCACCAGGGCAUCAAGCACCGGCCGUCCGCCACUGGUCCGCACCUUACAUCAAGAAGAGGCGAUAAGCAGCGGCGGCACCGACUGCUGUAGCGGCCGCCGUGGGCAUACGCCUUCACCACGAAUUCCAUCACUCAUCACGCCUCCCGCUACGGCCCUCAAUCACUGCCUGGCCCUGUGCUUGUCUGGUCCAGGUCAUGUGUACCGCUGCCAAUCUUUAUCCCUCCCGAAAACAAAAUGUCGUACAGUUGUGCUUCUCGCCCUCCAGUGGUGCGCAUUGGAGCCUCAGCCUGCUGUUGUUUUAACGAAUUCUGUGCCCCCACCAACAAUGUAUCCACGGCUAAGGAAAAUAAUCCUGGAAACAAACGCAGUGCAGUGUAUAUUUUUGCGAUGAACGCUAACGGCCUGGCACCGCGCUGUAGUGACACAUUAGCGUGGCCUGGAGGGCACCUGUGACCAAAGGGCGUCCUUGCCCCGACUAAGCGCCCCGGAGGUCAGUGCCAUCAGUGUUGCUUCUGAAGACAGUGAGUGCCAUGACAUUUGACGCGAUUGUAAUUGACCUGUUACUUUACUUUUACCUUUUUGAUGAAAUUUCCGUUGCUGUCGCCGUGGCCCAGUGAUGCCGCCGUGCCCGGCAACAGACGCAGACAAGCACACCAGCAGCAACGCUCUUAAGUUCUCGAAUAAUUUUAUAAAUUUAUAGGUAUUAGGUUGCGAUUCAUUUUAGAGUACCGACGAAGAGUAAUAUUUACUGAAUAUUAUUAUCUGUGAUAUAUAUGUUGACGUAGCUCAAAGAUGCGGCUGCACUAUUGUUAUACAUUUCAUCAGAAAACUCAGUACGUAUAAUUGAACCUGGAGUGCAAUUGCAUGAUCAAUAACAGUGCGUGGUGAGACUACUACUAACCAGCCGGUGUUUCCUUUGGAGGGACGGUGUAAUUACCAGCUGCCACGGCCUGACUGGUGGGUGUUCGCAAUGAAAUGAACGCCCCCUCAUAGAGGCGAGAAGGGGAAGCACCCCAGGAAGUGUACGUGUUGUUAUCGCCCUAGAACCAUCAAUUGUUUUACUACCCUCAUCCUCUCCAUUGUCACCAUCACUUACGACGCUCACAACAAUUAAAGUGCUGAUGAUCCCAGUGACCGCUACAACAACAGACGCUUAUAUCACAAACCAGCCUGGCGGUGCAGGUCUUCGGCGUGAGGUGUGCGGCGUGGCGGCAGGUGUAGCCAGACGCUCGCCGCGCAGCCUAAGGACCCGCCACCAGGUGUCCCUGAGCCACCGUCGUCUUUCGGGACAGGAAGCAACAGAUCCUCACGAUGCACCGUACAUGUCUCAUCAACCAUGUUAUCGUGUAAUUUGUAAAGCCCCUAAUGAUACAAUUAAGUUUAAAGUCUUUUACUGAAGUUAAUGUGACUCGACGGAUGAUCAGCAUUUUACUCGCAUCCGAACACUGUCACCAUGGACGGGCGAUUUUCACUCUUCAGUUUGUAAACUAUUUUUUUACAACUACUGUUUUCUCUUCAAUGUCACUUUGUGUCUGUUACUGCACAACAAAGAUGAAUUUACUGUAAUGUCACUACAAACUAAGGGUGGAUAUUGCUUGUCACAUUCUGUCGUCAUGCAGCAUUGAUAGUAUAGAGGACUAACCAUAAAGUUAAAAAAAAGUGGGAAUCUGGGAAAUUGUGUGACCUUUUUCCGUUAUUAAUCAACACAAGCACUGCGGUGAUAAUGAGGCCUCGACUAAUAUAUGAUAGGAAUGGUCAAUGCUAGAAGCGUCAGUGCGACACCAUGCUGCGAUGCCGCUCCUCGCUGGCGUCACCAAAUGUUGUCCCUCGAGCACUGGCGGUCCAUGUACCUAAGAGUAACACUGUCAUAUCCAUAUGUGAAAUAUAUUUUUAUGCCAAAUUUAAAUCAGCUGUGUUGUAUAGCAUGCAAACUGGUCUGCUGGACGUUCUGAACACUUAUGGUGAUGAAACUUGCAGCGAAACAGACCCACAGGAGGAUGGUGUGCGUCACUCCUGUCUUGACCACGACUGCGGACUGGCACGGCUGCAUCGCACUGCUGCAGUAACCUUAAGGACGUCCUCGUUACUGUGUUCUGACCCUCAUGUGCCAAACCCGCUCCUUUCCGGGCCAGAUGUGAUCGUGGAUAAAUUUUGCUGUUAUUUUUUAGUACAGAACAGUACACAGUCGGAGGUGGUGAGGCCUCCAGCACCGCCAGCACCGAACCCUCCCCUCCCUAGUACAGUAAAAACUAAAAUAAAAAAAAAAUUGUGAUCUGAGAGUGUCCUGUAAAAAAAAGUUGGUGUCAUAUAGCUUUCUUAUUUUUGUUACCUUAAGUUUCACAAACUUUUUUUUCUUAUGUGUAACAAAAUUAUCUUAUGUUACCUCCAUUAGGCAACAAGAGUUAUAAUAAAGAUUAAGUUGUUUGCUGAACGUAAUUUAAUUUUAUACAGAGUUUUUGAGUGAUAAGUAUAACCCUUCAAGGACGGGAAAGGCUCCUCCCUCCAGUUCCCAGGACCAGGCUAUCCCGACCCGCCCUCAGCCCCUUCUUGCGGUCGAGAUAGAACAAGGCUGUAUAUUAAUGAAAAUAAAAUCCCACUAAUGAUGUUUUCAUAGAUUAGUUAAAAAUCUAUCUCCAAUGGGUCGACUGUACAUAACUGACCAAAACUAGCUUAGAAAUAAUUCAACUAGGCGUAACGCAGUGUCACCGCCCGGCCCGCGCUCAGCCGCUCGAGUCGGAAACAAAUUUUUAAACAGAACCUAAAAUAUCCUGUACUUGUGAGGGGAACUUCACCCGCUCUCCCCCCGACCAAGGGUUACACAGAACUGCUUCAUCUCCCCACAGCUCCAGCCAGUCUCUCCUGUCCAACUACAACUUCACUUAUUCAAUGUUUGUCCAUAACAAAAAAAUAAUAACAAUAAUAAAAAAAAAAAGAGUAAUCGCACGGCCUUUCCGUGAGAACAUUCAACAGAGGCACUAUGACCCGCUGCUUGAGGGGAAUCAGCCUCUAUUGAGCCCUCACUGAAGGCUCAUGUUGGAGGACCUCGGUGACACACUGACUCAUUUUUUUCCUUCUUAUCCUCCUUCUGCUCCCCACCUUUAUCUCCUCCUCCACCUCCCUCCUCCUCCUCUUUUCUGCCUUCUUUUCCUUCUCCUCACUUGGGUAGCGACUAUCCAGAUGUGACUGAAAUGUGACUUCCUCAGGAUUGGCUGUUGUAGCUAUUCUUGUGUCCGUUGUUAUGUAACUCUGUCAAGGGCAACCUAACUUGACCUCUAGAAUAGUUAUACGUGGAAGUUGUGUACAUAUUUAACGACAUUCAUACUGAACAAAAUAAAUGAUAAACACGUUUUCUAUGAA